UCUCUAGACCGCAGGGGCGCAGGUGGGCGUGAGCGAAGAUUCUAAUUUGAUUCGAAAAUGAGUAAGUGCAGAAAGCCACCAGUUCAGCAGAUAGCAAGUCCUGAGACAUUCAGCCCAGAUGUUCUUGCUGAUAUUUCUGAACUCUUUGCCAAGAAUUUUUCUUAUGGCAAGCCACUUAAUAAUGAGUGGCAGUUACCAGAUCCCAGUGAGAUUUUCACUUGUGACCACACAGAAUUUAAUACAUUUCUUGAUUUGAAGAAUUCCCUAAAUGAAGUAAAAAACCUACUGAGUGAUAAGAAACUGGAUGAGUGGCAUGAGCACACCGCUUUCACUAAUAAAGCAGGAAAAAUAAUUUCUCAUGUGAAAAAAUCUGUGAAUGCUGAACUUUGUACUCAAGCAUGGUGUAAGUUCCAUGAGAUUUUGUGUAGCUUUCCCCUUAUUCCACAGGAAGCUUUUCGGAGUGGAAAACUGAAUUCUCUACACCUUUGUGAAGCUCCUGGAGCUUUUAUAGCUAGUCUCAACCACUACUUAAAAUCCCAUCAGUUCCCUUUUGAUUGGAGUUGGGUAGCUAAUACUCUGAAUCCAUACCAUGAAGCAAAUGACAGUCUUAUGAUGAUUAUGGAUGACCGGCUUAUUGCAAAUACCUUGCAUUGGUGGUACUUUGGUCCAGAUAACACUGGUGAUAUCAUGACCCUGAAAUAUCUGAUUGGACUUCGGAAUUUCAUAAGCAGCAUGGCAACUGUUCACUUGAUCACUGCAGAUGGAAGUUUUGAUUGCCAAGGAAACCCAGGUGAACAAGAAGCUUUAGUCUCCUCUUUGCAUUACUGUGAAGUUGUCACUGCUCUGACCACUCUUGGAAAUGGUGGCUCUUUUGUUCUGAAGAUGUUUACUUUGUUUGAACAUUGUUCUAUAAACUUGAUGUACUUGCUAAACUGUUCCUUUGACCAAGUCCAUGUUUUCAAACCUGCUACUAGCAAGGCAGGAAACUCAGAAGUCUAUGUGGUAUGUCUCCGCUAUAAGGGAAGAGAGGCUAUCCAUCCUCUGUUAUCUAAGAUGGUGCUGAAUUUUGGGCCUGAAGUAACCAAGAAAGCUCUCUUUCCUCAUCAUGUGAUUCCCGAAUCUUUUCUUAAAAGACAUGAAGAAUGUUGUGCGUUCUUUCAUAGAUAUCAGCUAGAGACUAUUUCUGGGAACAUUCGUCUGUUUGAGUGCAUAGGAAAAGAGGAACAAGCAAAGCUGAAUAAUUUAAGGGAUUGUGCUGUGCAAUAUUUCAUGCAGAAAUUUCAACUGAAGCCUCUUUCCAGAAAUAAUUGGCUAGUAAAAAAGUCUAAUAUUGGUUGUAGUACAAAUACAAAGUGGUUUGGACAGAGGAACAAAUAUUUUAAAACCUAUAAUGAAAGGAAGAUGCUGGAAACCCUUUCAUGGAAGGACAAAGUAGCCAAAGGAUACUUUAAUAGUUGGGCUGAAGAACAUUUUGUAUAUCAUCCUGGGCAAAGUUCUCUUUUAGAAGGGACAGCCUCCAAUCUCGAGUGUUGCUUAGGGCAUAUUUUAGAGGGAAAGAAACUGCCAAAGGUAAAGUGUUCUCCUUUCUGCAAUGGUGAAAUUUUAGAGACUCUUAAUGAAGCAAUUGAAAAAUCAUUAGGAGGAGGUUUGAUUUUGGAUUCCAAGUUUAGGCCAAAACAGCAAUAUGAUUGUUCUUGUCACAUUUUUUCUGAAGAAUUGAUAUUUUCUGAGUUGUUUAGCCUUACCAAGUGCCUUCGGGAUGAGCAGGUUGUAGAACCCAGCAAUCAAAUAAAGUGCCUGCUUGUGGGUUUGCCAACUCUGCGUGAUAUCAAAAUGCAUAUACCAUUAGAAGUUCAACUCCUGGAAUCAGCUGAACUCACAGCUUUCAGCUGUUCAUUGCUUCAUGAUGGAGACCCAACUUACCAGCAGUUAUUUUUGGACUGCCUUCUACAUUCAUUGCAACAGCUUCAUACAGGAGAUGUUAUGAUCUUGCCUGUACUUUCUUGUUUCACAAGAUUUAUGGCUGGUUUGAUCUUUGUACUCCACAGUUGUUUUAGAUUCAUCACGUUUUCUUGUCCCAUGUCCUCCAAGCCCCUUAGGACAUGUGCAGUCCUGCUUUGUGUUGGUUAUCAGGACAUUCCAAAUCCAGUUUUCCAGUAUCUGCAGAAUGUGAAUGAAUUGUUGAGUACUUUGCUUAACUCUGAUGCACCCCGGCAGGUUUUACAAUUUGUGCCAAUGGAGGUGCUCCUUAAGGGGGCACUACUUGAUUUUUUGUGGGAUUUGAAUGCUGCCAUUGCUAAAAGGCAUUUGCAUCUGAUUAUUCAAGGGGAGAGAGACGUCAUUAGCAGCCUUCAAUUAUGAAAUCGUACUUGUUCUUCCUGAGAUUCAACUUUAUGACUUCUUACAGUUUCCAAUGCUAUUGCAUUCCUUCGCUGUUAAUUUAAAACCUUUUAUUUGGAGGAUAGGCCAACUUUUGUAUCAUUCAGAGUCUCAUUAAUUUUGGAUAACCAUCAGCUAGUUCUGAUCUCUAAGAUAUGUAUACCCUUAGGCACAGAGUGGUGGAAUCCAUGCAGUGAUAGAUAGCAUUCAACCUUAAACAUGAGAUGUGUGUAUGUGCUUGGGGUGGACACAGCCCUGCAUGCAUAUGCAGUUCAGUUGGUCUUAUCUGCUUAAGAGUUUUACCUGUGUGCCUUCAUUCAGAUUAGAUAAAGAGUUGAUAAAAGUCAUUGGUGAAAGGAGGUGAGUCACUCCUCAGCAACACUGAUUUCCUUUUACACUUAAUGUGUCAGUUAUGGAUUUCAGGGAACUCAUCCUGCCAGAUUCUUGGUAUGUGCCAUUCAUUGCCUUUAGGCUAUUGACCCAAUUUUCUUUUAUGGUUCAAAUGAAACUAGGAAUAUUUGAGUAACCACAACCAUCUGACAAAAAGUUAAUAGGACAGCUUCAAACCAAAGAUCAUGUUUAAGACAAAAAUUGUAUGUUGUGUCUGUUACACUCCUGUAUCAUGAAAAACUUCAUUUAGCAAUAGUGUAAUAAUUUUUAACUUCCAGGAAAUUGUGAAUAAAAAUAUUUUUCAAAAUUUUAAGAUAGUGUCUAUAGGCUCAUAUUGGGGACAUAUGAAUGUGAUGAACAUACUGAAUACUGAAGAAAAAUUUAACACUUUCAGAAUGAUGAUUUAGCAUUUAAAAUUUUUUAAUUUUAAAUAAUUUCUUUUUUCAGUGUGAAAGUAGCACUUUACCAAACAGUUAGCCAUGAGAUGGUUACUUUAUCAGUUACAUUUUAUUUCUUUUGAAUUAUAUGUGUUUGAUAGUGUAGUGAGCUUUCCUGGCAAACUGUAUUAAGCAGUUCUUCAUUACCUUGAAGUUCCACAGAGUGGAGAAUAUUUUAAUUCUCAUGUGUGUUUAAGGCAUUUUUGUUAGCUUUAUGAAAAAUAGAUGUAUUCUUUGAUGUAUUUUGUUGAUAAAUAUUAAUCUGAAAAAUUUUCAUGUUCUUUGCUAUUUUGAGUUCCAUUACAGAUUCAUGAAUAAAGUCAUUAGCAGUGA